AUGAAGGCUAUAACAAGGGCUAGGGAGCUUCGAUGCAUGCCCUUCUCUUCUUCCUCUCAUUCUCAGCACUUUCAAUUUCGCAACGAUAAACGUAAUAAUCUGAAGCCCGAAAACCCUAUCAUUGUGAAUAACAACUUUGAAGAAGCCAUUGAUGUUUUAUGCCAGCAAAAGCGCGUCGAUGAAGCUGUUCAGUUGCUCCAUCGCAUUGAUCAUCGACCAUCUGCACGCGUGUAUUCCAUCCUCAUUGCCGCUUGUGUUCGCCACCGCUCUCUUGAAUUGGGUAGGAGGGUCCAUGCCCAUACCAAAGCGUCUAACUUUGUUCCGGGGAUUUUCAUUUCUAACCGUUUGCUUGACAUGUAUACUAAAUGUGGAAGCCUCGUCGAUGCCCAGAUGCUGUUCAAUGAAAUGGGUCACAGGGAUUUGUGUUCUUGGAAUACCAUGAUAGCUGGAUAUGCCAAACUUGGCCGACUUGAACAGGCUAGGAAGCUGUUUGAUGAAAUGCCCCGCAGAGAUAAUUUUUCUUGGAACGCUGCAAUAUCUGGUUAUGUUAGCCACGAUCGGCCUUGGGAAGCUCUGGAGUUGUUUAGAGUGAUGCAGAGAUGUGAGAGAUCGAAUUCAAAUAAGUUUACCUUGUCCAGUGCCUUGGCUGCUUCGGCUGCCAUUCCUUGCUUGCUUCUUGGGAAGGAAAUUCAUGGUUACUUAAUAAGAACCGAGUUGAACUUGGAUGAGGUAGUUUGGAGUGCUCUGUUGGAUUUGUAUGGCAAGUGUGGUAGUUUAGAUGAAGCUAGGGGUAUUUUUGACCAGAUGAAGAACAGAGAUGUUGUUUCUUGGACUACCAUGAUUCAUAGAUGCUUUGAGGACGGAAGAAAAGAAGAGGGGCUUUCAUUUUUCAGAGACUUGAUGAGAUCAGGUGUUAGACCAAAUGAGUAUACGUUUGCUGGAGUUUUAAAUGCCUGUGCCGACCAUGCUGCUGAACACCUGGGAAAGGAGGUUCACGGGUACAUGAUGCGUGUAGGGUACGACCCAUGUUCAUUUGCUGUAAGUGCCCUUGUUCAUAUGUAUUCAAAGUGUGGGAACACUAGAGUUGCAAGAAGGGUGUUCAAUCAGAUGCCUCAACCAGAUUUGGUAUCAUGGACUUCUCUAAUUGUUGGGUAUGCCCAGAAUGGUGAACCAGAUGAGGCUCUUCGUUUCUUUGAAUUACUACUCCAAUCAGGUACCAAACCUGAUCAAAUAACCUUCGUUGGGGUUCUUUCCGCGUGUACUCAUGCUGGAUUAGUAGAUAAAGGGUUAGAAUAUUUCCAUUCACUAAGGGAGAAGCAUGGACUGAUGCAUACUGCAGAUCAUUAUGCAUGUGUUAUUGAUUUAUUGGCACGAUCUGGCCGAUUUAAAGAGGCAGAGAAUAUCAUUGAUAACAUGUCCAUAAAGCCUGAUAAAUUCCUUUGGGCAUCCUUACUUGGAGGAUGUAGAAUACAUGGUAACCUUGAACUGGCUAAAAGAGCAGCAAAAGCAUUAUAUGAGAUAGAGCCAGAGAAUCCGGCUACCUAUAUUACUCUGGCUAAUAUUUAUGCUAAUGUGGGUCUGUGGACUGAAGUAGCCAAAGUUAGAAAGGAUAUGGACAAUAGGGGGAUAGUGAAGAAGCCAGGUAAGAGCUGGAUUGAAAUUAAAAGACAAGUGCAUGUGUUCUUAGUAGGAGAUACAUCUCACCCAAAAACAAGUGAUAUACAUGAAUUCCUAGGAGAACUCUCAAAGAAAAUGAAGGAAGAAGGCUACGUUCCUGACACAAACUUUGUGCUACAUGAUGUGGAGGAGGAGCAGAAAGAGCAAAAUCUUGUUUACCACAGUGAGAAACUAGCCGUUGCUUUCGGAAUAAUUUCAACUCCCCCAGGAACUGUAAUCAAGGUUUUUAAAAAUUUAAGAACUUGCGUAGACUGUCACACUGGCAUCAAAUACAUAUCAAAGAUUGUUCAAAGAAAAAUAAUAGUGAGAGAUUCUAAUAGAUUUCAUUGUUUUGAGGAUGGAAGCUGCUCAUGUAAAGACUAUUGGUAG